UUCGGGAACGUACUGCUCAGAUUAGAAAAAUGGCUCGUACUAAGCAGACUGCACGCAAGUCUACCGGAGGCAAGGCUCCCCGAAAACAACUGGCGACUAAAGCGGCUCGUAAGAGUGCGCCUGCCACAGGUGGCGUGAAGAAGCCUCAUCGUUAUAGGCCUGGAACUGUGGCUCUUCGAGAAAUUCGUCGCUAUCAGAAGAGUACCGAAUUGCUGAUCCGCAAACUGCCAUUCCAACGCCUCGUUCGUGAGAUUGCUCAAGAUUUCAAAACUGACCUUCGUUUCCAAAGCUCUGCUGUCAUGGCAUUGCAAGAGGCUAGCGAGGCUUAUCUUGUUGGUCUAUUUGAAGACACCAAUCUUUGCGCUAUUCACGCCAAGCGAGUUACCAUCAUGCCCAAGGAUAUUCAACUGGCACGUCGUAUUCGAGGAGAGCGUGCUUAAUUAAAAAAAUAUAUA